AUGUCUCCGGGAAGGUUGCUCUUAUCUUGCCUGCUUUUCAAGGAGACCCUCGCGCUGUCGGGGAGCUUUUGGCAUAUCACAGAUUUGCACUGGGAUCCAACCUACAGACUCUCGGACAACCCGGAGCUGGUGUGCACGUCCAGCAGUAAAAGACCUGCGUUACGUGCUGGUAAAUUUGGGGACUACGUUUGUGACUCACCAUGGCACCUUAUCAACUCUUCUGUUUACGCCAUGAAGCACAUCCUACCAGAUCCAGACUUCAUUGUAUGGACAGGGGACGACACCCCACACGUACCAAAUGAGGAUCUAGGAGAGGAGGCAGUGAUCAACAUAAUUAGCAACCUUACUAAUAUCAUAACUGAGGUGUUUCCAAGUACUAAGGUGUACUCUGCUCUGGGUAACCAUGACUACCACCCCAAGAACCAGUUUCCUCCAGCUCCAAACUCCAUCUAUAACAGAACAGCAGAAAUGUGGCACGACUGGUUGGAUCCAGAGUCCAAAGAAACGUUUAAAAAAGGUGGAUAUUACACAGAAAAGUUGCUGAACCGAAAUGGUUUUAGGAUGCUGGUCCUCAACACUAAUCUCUACUAUGACCAGAACAAGUUGACUCUGGACACAGAUGACCCAGCGGGUCAGUUUAGCUGGAUGGAUCGGACUCUUACAGAGGCAGCCAACAACAAGGAGAAGGUAUACAUCAUUGGUCAUGUUCCCCCAGGGUUCUUUGAGAAAAAAAGAAGUAAACCAUGGUUUACAUCAAAGUUCAACAAGCAUUAUGUGGAUCUGAUAAAGAAGCAUCAUUCUGUCAUUGUUGGACAAUUCUUUGGCCAUCAUCAUACUGAUAGCUUCCGCAUGUUCUACAACACUGAAGAUUUGCCCAUCGGUACAAUGUUUCUCAGCCCAGGAGUCACACCAUGGGAAACGACUCUUCCUGGAGUUGUGGAUGGAGCCAACAACCCUGGGAUUCGUGUUUUUGAAUACGACACAAAAACACUUCUAGUAAGAGAUGUGGUGACAUAUUACCUGAACCUCACUCAUGCUAAUGCAGUCACAGAGCGCUGGGAGAAAGAGUACCGCCUCACAGAGAGUUUCAGAGUACCAGAUGCCUCUCCGGCCUCCAUGCACCGGGUUCUGGAGCGAAUAGCUACUGAGCGCUGCUACCUGCAGAAGUACUAUGACUUCAACUCUGUCAGCUAUGACCUGACGCACUGCGACAACGACUGCCGUGUUGACCAUGUGUGCGCAGCGAGAGAAAUCGAUUUUGAAAAGUAUGAGCAGUGUGUCAUAAAAGAAGGAGCGGUUUCCAUUAAUGGUGGGCAGCUGCUGGUGGUCCUUUCUGUGGCCGUAAGCAUAGUGGCAGCUGGUUGGUAGAGAACAGCUGAUGUCUAAAAGUUUGCAAAACGUUUAAAAUCUGA